CUUUCAACCUGAUUUGCAGUGCAUUUAACAGGAAACAGCUACAACAGUCUGGGAUUUACCAUGGAGAAGAUCCUGAAAGCUGAACUGAAGACUUCCCUUCUGAAGGCAUUUGGCAGCUCCGGAGGAGGGUGCAUUAGCCAAGGCCAGAGCUAUGAAACCGACAGUGGGCGAGUGUUUGUUAAAAUCAAUCUCAAGCCUCAGGCAAGAAAAAUGUUUGAAGGUGAAAUGGCAAGUUUGGAGGCUAUUCAAAAGACCAACACCCUGAGAGUACCUCAGCCCAUUAAAGUGAUUGACCUGCCCGGAGGAGGUGCAAUGUUUGUCAUGGAGCACCUGAAGAUGAGGAACCUCAGCAAGUAUUCUGCAAAGCUUGGGGAGCAGGUAGCAGAUCUUCACCUUUACAACCAAAAACUUGGAGAGAAAUUAAAGAAGGAAGGAAACACAAUCGGUGCACGAUAUGCUGAGCCUCAGUAUGUGGAUAAAUUUGGAUUCCAUACAGCAACAUGCUGUGGCUAUAUACCACAGGUGAAUGAAUGGCAGAGUGAUUGGCCUACUUUCUUUAUCCGGUACCGACUCCAAGCUCAAAUGGAUUUGAUUGAGAAAGAUUAUGGAGACAGAGAAGCAAGAGAACUGUGGUCACAACUUAAAGUGAAGAUUCCUGAGAUGUUCUGUGAUGUGGAGAUUGUUCCUGCUCUCCUUCAUGGGGACCUAUGGGCUGGAAAUGUAGCUGAGGAUGACUCUGGUCCCAUUAUCUUUGACCCUGCUUCCUUUUAUGGCCAUUCAGAAUUUGAGUUAGCAAUUGCUGGGAUGUUUGGUGGCUUUAGCAGCUCUUUCUUCUCUGCCUACCACAGUAAAAUCCCUAAAGCUCCAGGGUUUGAGAAGCGAAACAAAUUGUACCAGCUCUUUAAUUAUAUAAACCACUGGAACCACUUUGGGACAGGGUACAGGGGGUCUACCUUAAAUGUAAUGAGAAAGCUCUUAAAAUAACCACGUAGAGAGUAUUUCUCAAACAAAAUCUCACAUGGUAUCAGAGUAAUUCAGAUUCCCUACUUGUUGACAGUAACACAAGCAGGGAUGAGUGAAAAGCUUCUAAGAAACUACACAGCAGACAUAAAAGGUUAAGGUGGUAUAUGUACACUUUUGAGCCCCACUAAAUGCUUGCAGUAGUUGUGUAAUUUAUGUAUUACUGACUAAUUCACUAGCACAUUACUCAUACACCGGGGAGGUAAAAGAUUGUGUACAGCCUGUUGUUAUUGUGGCGGGCCAGUAGGGGGCGCUCCUGCGUUGAGCCGCCCACCUCCCUGCUCCCGACCACCUUCCAGGCUCCGAGUGCCUCCCUUAGGGUGCCUCCCGUCCGGCCGACCCCUUCCCCGGAGCAC